AGAGGCCUGGAGGCCACUGGGAUGGAUCCUGGCAGUUGUUCCCUGCCUAGAAUCAAGUCCAGGUCUCCCUUGGAAGGGAGGCCUGGGCAGCAGAGUGAAUAUUCUGUCCUUGAAACUGUACAGCUGGGAGGUAGAAAGGGCACUCCCAUUGUAGAGAGGGGCAAACUGAGUCACAGGGGUGUGUUUGCUCACUCCCUUAGAUCGCAGGCUCCCUUGGAGGUGGGAAAUCAGGCUUAACUCUGCAUCUGCAGCACCCAGGGUGUAAAAGACUUAAAAAGUAUCCACCGGUCGGUUAUUUACUGGUAUGGCAAUAUAUGAUAGAAACAGGUUGCUAAAGGAUUAUACAUUGUAUAAUCCAAAUUUAGUAAAAUACACAGGCACAUACACAUAUUUUUUUAAAAUACUGACACUGGUAGACUACAAAAUGUUAAUAGCUGUUAUCUCUAGGUUGUAGAUUGCAGGUGUUUUUACUUUUAUUUUUUUAAAUUUUCUUUUAGUUAGUUCUGGCUGCCUUGGGUCUUCGUUGCUGCGCACAGGCUUUCUCUAGUUGCGGCGAGCGAGGGCUACUCUUUGUUGUGGUGCGAGGGCUUCUCAUUGCGGUGGCUUCUCUUGUUGGGGAGCACGGGCACUCGGGGGCUUCAGUAGUUGUGGUGUAUGGGCUUAGUUGCUCCGCGGCAUGUGGGCUCUUCCGGGACCAUUGCUCGAACCCGUGUCCCCUGCAUUGGCAGGCGGAUUCUUAACCACUGCGCCACCAGGGAAGCCCUCUCAGCUUCUUUUUAGUAACCUUUCUCCCUUCAGCAUGAAGUCUCAUUUUCCCUAAUUCCUGAGUACUGAGUUCUCGUGGUCUGGGUAGGAGACCCCAAAGCCUGUAUCCUCCCCUUUGCUUGCUGACUCCCACGCUUGUCCCUCAGGUCCAUUUUCCUGCUUUGCGUUUAUCAUAAUUAACAAUCACAUGAGACCCGUGAGACAUGAGUAGAAGCAGCAUACGUGGUAGCUGUCUUCGAGGGGCGGCAAGGAAAAAGGAUUAGCCAUGUUGUCUUUGAUCAGAAAGGUGAUCAGCACCGCGAAAGCCCCAGCGGCCAUUGGUCCCUACAGUCAGGCUGUGUUAGUCGACAGGACCAUUUACAUUUCAGGACAGCUAGGCAUGGAUCCUGCAAGUGGAGAGCUUGUGCCAGGAGGGGUGGCAGAAGAGGCUAAACAAGCUCUUACAAACGUGGGUGAAAUUCUGAAAGCAGCAGGCUGUGACUUGAUGAAUGCGGUAAAAACAACUGUUUUGUUGGCUGACAUAAACGACUUCAAUACUGUCAAUGACAUCUACAAGCAAUAUUUCCAGAGUAGCUUUCCUGCAAGAGCUGCUUACCAGGUUGCUGCUUUGCCCAAAGGAGGCCGUGUUGAGAUUGAAGCAGUAGCUGUCCAAGGACCUCUAGUGACAGCAUCGCUCUAAGUGGGCCCAGUGUUAUUCAGUCUGGAAUUUUAAUAAUGUUUUAAAAUUAACAUCUUAAUUUUUACAGUAUUUGUUGGAAAGUGUACGGAUGACUGAAAUAUCUGAAGUUAUUAUGGAAAUACCAUAUAAUAAGGGGAAUUGAACAUGAGUUGAAGAUUAAUGAUGAAUCUAGUUACUGAUGUUAUAAAUUACACUUCUAUAACACUCAUAUUACUGGAUGUGGGAAAAGAGACACACAUUACAUAGUUACUCAGAAAAACAAAAGUAAAGGGAAAUAGCAUGUAGGAAAGAUGAGUUACUAUUCCUGAGAAAUAAUAAAGAGCACACCUAAUUCAAUUAGACUCUAUUAAUUUAAUGAUGUGAACUAUUUAGUUCUCAUGUCAGAUACAUGAUUCUGCUUUUACUUGAGUAAAAUUAAAGCAUUUAAGUUUGAACGGUAGAGGUAAAGGAGAAGAAACUGGACCAAAUUUUAUAUAGAUAAUAUUUUUCUAAUGGAACUAAAAUAGCAUGCAGAUUAAAAAAAAAACAAUUACAUGUUUGUGUGAGUGUUUACUUGCUUAUAAUGUCUGGGUCACCAACCACUGUUAUGAUUGUGGAGUACACACUUCCAACGGUUUCCAAAAUAAUUUUAAGAACAGUAAGAAUGCCUAACAUCUAUUGAGUGAUUACCAAGUUACAGGCGUUGUUCCUGUCAUAGGAGCAUAACCUCAUUAAAUCCUCACAACUAACUUGUGAGGUCCCACUAUUUUAUAUCCUCAUUUUACAGUUGGAAAAAAAAUGAGAACUUUAACAUAUGGGAUUGGACUUCCCUGGUGGUGCAGUGGUUAUUCAUCCCCCUGCCAAUGCAGGCGACAAGGAUUCGAUCCCUGGUCCGGGAAGAUCCCACAUGCCGCGGACCAACUAAGCCCGCGGGCCACAACUACUGAGCCCACGGGCCACAACUACUGAAGCCCACACGCCUAGAGCCCGUGCUUUGCAACAAGAGAAGCCACCGCAAUGAGAAGCCCGUGCACUGCAACGAAGACCCAAUGCAGCCAAAAACAAAACAAAACAAACAAACAAACAAAAAACAUAUGGGUUCAUACUCCACAGGCCCUCCUGAACCCUUCUUUGAUUCAGCUACAUUUUAGAGCUCAUUCCUGGUUGGUCUAUGCAGAUAUAGUUCAUCCAUUUUCACUGUGGUUGUAACGUUCCAAGAUUGUUUUUUUCAGUUACCUCCUAUUAAAGUAUCCCUAGUGUUACAGUGACUUGACAUUUUAAAGCUCUAUUCCAUUAUAUAUUAAACUUCUAAUUUACUUUGAAAAAUAAAAAGUCCAACAUUCCAAGUUAAUGGGGAGGGGGUGUGGGCCCUUUAUUGUAACCUCAGGUAUCCUAGGAUGGAUUAG